AUGUGGAAGAUUGAUUUCAUUCUUCCGUCUCCUUUUCGAUAUGCUCUGCCUUGUGGCUUGAAGAUUUCUUUUGAGAACUCGGUUUUAGCAUUCGGCUCAGUCCCUCUGAAGACCUAUCUUCCCGAUGGGGAUAUUGAUAUUACUGCUUUCAGCCAUCAACAUUUGGUAGAGGAUUUUGCAGGAGAAGUGUGCAGCAUACUGGAACGUGAAGGAGACUCCGAGUUCCAAGUUAAAGAUGUUCAAUACAUCAACGCGCAGGUCAAGAUUGUGAAAUGCACUGUGAAGAAUAUACCAGUAGAUAUCUCCUUCAAUCAAAUGGCUGGUCUCUGCACUCUGUGUUUUAUGGAGCAGGUUGAUGAACUUAUUGGAAAGGAUCAUCUGUUCAAACGCAGUAUUCUGUUGAUCAAAGCAUGGUGUUAUUAUGAAAGCCGAAUUCUUGGUGCACAUCAUGGCUUGAUUUCAACAUAUGCACUAGAAACGUUGGUCUUGUAUAUUGUCAAUCUAUUUCAUGAAUCACUACGUGGACCUUUAGAUGUGUUCUAUAAAUUUUUGGAGUACUAUAGCACAUUUGAUUGGAGCAAUUACUGCAUCACUAUAAAUGGUCCAGUCGCUCUAUCUUCCUUUGCUGAAGUCACUGCAGAGGGAAUAGAAGCUGGUGGGGAUGGAUUACUUCUGAGUAUGGCAUUUUUGAGAAACUGCAGAGAUUUGUUUUCACUUCCGAUAAAAGCACAUGAAGUUGAAGUGCAUGAAUUCCCCAUUAAGCGCCUCAACAUAUUAGAUCCUCUGAACGAAAAGAAUAACCUCGGGCGUAGUGUUAGUAAAGGAAAUUUCCACCGGAUAAUGUGUGCUCUUUCCCAUGGAGCUCAAAAGCUUGGAGAAAUACUUUUGCUGCCAGGAGCAAGCAUGGGUGAGGAACUCGAGAAGUUCUUUGAGAACACUUUGGAUAGAAAUGGAAGGGGAGAAAGGCCAGAUGCCUUAGUUCCUGUGCAUGCAUUUGGUACUGGAAAAUGUGAACCUUCUGAUCUCACUGGAGACUAUGACAGUUACUAUGGUGGUCUACACUACACGCAGUUGUAUCAUGAGUAUGCUUUGGCUGCCUCUGUGCAGCCCGGUCUAUUCUAUUCUUACGUAUGGGAUCAAAGCACCCUGACUUGGACAUUGCAGCUCAACGGGAAUGGAUUUUUUCAAGGGGGUACGGAUGGAUACUACCCAAUGGUUCCAUUCUAUCAUCCUUAUCCUUCGCAAUUAUCGGCUACUGGUUUUGAUAUUGCGGGAAUGGGGAGAUCAAGAGGAACAGGAACAUUCAUUCCUGAAUUGACACAUGAGCUCUACAAAGAUUUCUACAAAGAUGUCGACAAAGAUGUCAACAAGAAGGUGAAGAAAAAGAAUCCAGAGCCUACAAGACGUGGUUUAUGGAUAAAAUCAGCUCAUAAGAUUGACCAGGUUGACAGCCCCACAGUCACAGGAAAGGAUCAGGAGAUUCAGGACAAAAAAAGCAGCCCCCCUGAUCUUUCACUUGAACAAUUCCCAGUUCUUCAAGUCACCACAAGGUCCAAUCCACCGGCAAUCUCUGAGUCUGCGGAGCUCUCCGCGAAGACCAUGCAGCUCAAACAGUCUACUACCACUUUUGGAACUAUCAAGUUUCCGACUUUCAAGCGCACACCGUCUCCAUUAGGAUUGCCUUCCCAAUUACCUAGCGAGCAGGCAGAUCCAGCUACUUCAUAUCCUACGGAUUCUACGUUGUACUCCGCCGCACUGGGAGUGCAGAAAAAAGAAGAAUUAUCGGUGACUGUUGAAAAAAGGAUUUCUGGACAGCUUUAUGAACUCGAAGAUGGCAAGGAUUUCCCACCCCUGGCAUUUUGAUUUCAGAUCAAAGAAAGGAACUUUUCUGAAGCAAGCAUCAGAGGAUAAGUUUGAAGCCCAUACAUAUGUCGCAUGGCAGUAACUAUUUGUCCACAUAAUUUUAUUGUUUCUCGUGUUUUCUUCUGGUUGAAGUUUGGAACUAAAGAACCUUUUAUUUUUUUAUUUUUUUUGGUCAGGCCGAAUUUUGUUGUCUCUUGUUUUCUUCCGGGAUGAACUUUUUUUUUUUCCCCCUGCAAAAGGGAAUAACUGAAUUUUCAGAGAACUGUUAUUUUGACAUUGUCAUUUUGACAGUUUUUGUUUUAUCUUGUUAGCGUUUAUUAUGGACACAUGAAUUUUUGUUACCCCCUU